AUGGGUGCUUUCCCACAUAUCAAAGAAUUCGUUGAUAAGAAAGCACGUGAAUAUACUAAAUUUGAACACCAACAUGAACCCGGAGCCAAUCCACGUCUCGAACUCCAUGACUCUGAAGGAGCCACUGAAACCAUUAAUAUCGAAUCAUGGAAGACUGAACAUUUGGAAGAAUUCUUACGAGACAAUAAUCUCUAA